AGUUUUCAUUUUUGUUAACAAAAAGUAAUAAGUUACCUCACUAAUUCAGCCCUCUGUUGAAGAGACAGCAAACCAUAAUGCAUAGUCAAACAGGAUUUUCUAUUGAAUCACGGAGUAGGAUUGUACAAGCAUUAAAUUCCGAGUUCUGCACACUAAGUGCUGAGCACUGAUAUUAUGGUUUUCCCAAGUUACACUUGUUUGCUAAAUGCUUCGUUCAUGGUCUUUUGCAUCAUUUUCCUGGGUUUGACCUCUGCCAGGGACACCCUUACAUAUUCUCAAUCCAUAAGAGACUCAGAGAUAGUAACCUCGAACGACAGUGUCUUCGUACUUGGUUUCUUCAGUCCUCAGAAUUCAACGCACCGCUACGUAGGAAUCUGGUACCUCUCUGACUCCAACGUCAUAUGGAUAGCUAAUAGAGACCAACCGCUCCUUGAUUCUUCUGGGGUUUUCAAAAUCUCCAAAGAUGGUAACCUGGUUCUAGUUGAUGGAAAAAACCAUGUAAUUUGGUCGUCCAAUGUGUCCAACACUGCAACAACGAACGCCACUGCUCAAAUUUCCCGUUAUGGGAAUCUAAUGCUCAAAGACGACUCCACGGGACGGACCAUAUGGGAGAGUUUCGAGCAUCCUUGCGAUGCAGCAGUGCCAACCAUGAAGAUCAGUGCUAACAAAGUCACAGGUGAGAAAAUACAGUUUGUGUCAAGGAAAAGUGCUUCCGAUCCUUCUACUGGCUAUUUCUCUGCUUCUCUUGAGCGUUUGGAUGCUCCGGAGGUGUUUCUAUGGAUUAAUGGAACUCGGCCUUAUUGGAGGACUGGCCCAUGGAAUGGUAGAAUCUUCAUUGGGACACCAUUGAUGUCAACUGGGUAUCUUUAUGGAUGGAGUGUAGGAUAUGAAGGAAAUGAUAUUGUUUAUCUGACUUACAGUUUUGCUGACCCAUCUUCAUUUGGAAUCCUUACCCUGUCUCCAGAAGGAAAGAUUAAAUUGGUAAGGUAUUAUAACAAUAAGAAAGGGUUGACUUUGGAUCUGGGAAUUUCUGAUUGCGAUGUUUAUGGCACAUGUGGGGCAUUCGGAAGCUGUAAUGGGCAGAGUUCACCAAUAUGUAGCUGUUUGAGUGGAUUUGAGGCCAGGAAUCAAGAGGAGUGGAGAAAGAAAAAUUGGACUAGUGGGUGUGUCAGAAAGGUGCCACUCCAGUGUCAGAGGCUUAACAAUGGGGGGAGUGAAGCUGCACAAGAAGAUAGAUUUUUGAAACUUGAAACAAUGAAAGUACCAGAUUUUGCAGAGAGAUUAGAUGUUGAGGAAGGUCAGUGUGGAACACAGUGCUUGAAGAAUUGCUCUUGUUUGGCAUAUGCAUACGAUGCUGGCAUUGGAUGCAUGUAUUGGACUAGAGACUUAAUUGACUUGCAAAAAUUCCAAACUGCAGGCAUUGAUCUCUACAUCCGUCUCGCCAAUUCAGAAUUUCAAUCCAGUAAUGCACAAGAGCAUACUAAUAAAAGAAUAGCCAAGGAAUUAAUCAUCGGAAUUACAGCGGCAACUGCUGGACCAAUCAUCGUGGCCAUCUGUGUUUAUAUAGUCAUUCGUAGACAUCACUCGCGUAAGGGAACUGCCAAAGAUUCGGGAAGUGAGAAACACUUAGUAACUGCGGUCCAGAAACCAGCAAAACUGGAUGAGCUACCGUUAUUUGAAUUUGAAGUCGUUGAAAAUGCUACAAACAGUUUUCACUUAGCUAAUACGCUUGGAAAGGGUGGUUUUGGUCCAGUGUACAAGGGACUACUGCCAGAUGGUCAAGAAAUUGCUGUGAAAAGACUCUCAAGAGCAUCUGGACAAGGUGUAGAAGAAUUUAUGAAUGAAGUGAUGGUGAUUUCUAAACUUCAACAUCGCAAUCUUGUAAAACUUCUUGGCUGCUGCAUUGAAGGAGACGAGAAGAUGCUCAUAUAUGAAUUCAUGCCAAAUAAAAGUUUGGAUGCAUUCAUCUUUGAUCCACUACGGCGGAAACUUCUAGACUGGACAAAACGUUUUACUAUAGUUGAAGGAGUUGCUCGGGGCUUACUCUAUCUCCAUAGGGAUUCUAGAUUAAAAAUUAUACAUAGAGAUCUGAAGGCAAGCAAUAUCUUACUAGAUGCAGAUAUGAAUCCCAAAAUAUCAGACUUUGGUUUGGCUAGAAUAUACAAAGGCGAGGAUGAAGUUAAUACCAAGAGGGUUGUUGGCACAUAUGGCUACAUGUCCCCUGAAUAUGCUAUGGAAGGAUUGUUUUCUGAGAAAUCAGAUGUGUAUAGCUUCGGAGUUUUGCUACUAGAGAUUAUCAGUGGAAAAAGGAACACUAGUUUUCGAAAUGAUGACCAGUCUCUCAGCCUUAUAGGAUAUGCGUGGAAUCUAUGGAACGAAGACAAUAUUAGGCUUUUGGUUGAUCCAGAGAUAUCAGCUUCAGGAUCUGAGAAUCAUAUUUUGAGGUGCAUCCACAUUGCAUUUCUUUGUGUGCAAGAAGUUGCAAAAACUAGACCAACUAUGACUACUGUGCUCUCAAUGCUUAACAGUGAGAUUUCCCAUCUACCUCCUCCUAGGCAAGUUGCAUUUGUUCAGAAGCAAAGUUCAUCAAGUUUAGAGUCUUCUUCUCAAGAAAAUAAUUGUAACUCCAACAACCAUGUAACUCUUACUGAUAUCCAAGGGAGAUAACAAUAUAGAAUAAUUUUCACUGUGAAAAUUG